AUGGGUCUUCGCCCGAUUAGGUUAUUAUUAAUGCAAUGCUUGAGAUUUUUUCAUGACUAUUUUCAAUGGAAAAAAAUAUUAGUGCGUGCAACUCAUUUAGUUUUAGUAUUUUUUGUUAUAUCAACACUUAUUUUUCAAUCAUCAGAGCUCAAUUACGCUAUUCAUAGUUCAAAUUAUAUUUAUUGUUUCCUGUAUGGAUUUUUAGUGUACAUUUCAUUAUUUUUCUAUUUCCUAACAUGUUAUAUCGAUCCGGGAUACGUACCCUAUAAUAAAUUUCACAAUACUCUUGUCACAUCUGAUAGUGAAGACGAUGAAGUUUACAUCGAAAAUGCUGUUCAAUCAAGCACAACAUCAACUAAUAGUGUACCAAUGAGAAAAUGUUUACAUUGUAAUAUACAAGUGGGGGAAAAAGUUGCACGUCAUCGAAUUACAUAUUUGAAACAUAUCACAGAAGAAUAUAAUCCAUUUCAUGAAGGUUAUUGUUCGAAUAUGUGCACAUUUUUCUGUGAAUGUAGAGAAAAACAUUGGGACGUUGUAUACAAAAAAAGUUUAGAACAUGUUGUUAUUCAAAUGUAA